UCCAGACUCUGAGCCGUAUUCACGGAGCCCAAUGCGGGGCUCGAACUUGUGAACCUCCAGAUCACGAUCUCUUCAUUGUUCUAGAACCUUCUGGUUGUGCAGAAAGCAGAAGCGCUCCGUGUGCCCCAACCUUCCACAGCCCCGUCACUCAUCCGCGUGUUUGCCGCCGGGUCAGACCUUGUCAGAGCGUCCACGCGCAGCCCCCGUUCCUCCUUGCUGCCACCGUUGGCCAGGAUGUCAGCUCAUGAUCACAAGGACGUGCUCUUCCUUGUCUCCUCCAUCGCCGGUGCCUCGGUCUGCACCACACACGGCGGCGUUUCCGGGCCGGUCAGUGCACGAGCUGAGUCGGGAGCCUCAUGUGGCUCCCGGCUGCCCGCGCGGCUCUGUGGCCGUCCCCGUGGGGUCUUCCAUCCCGAGUGCCCCCGGAGGGCGCCAUAUGGAGUCCACACUCAUGAGAAGUCACAGAAACACCACCCUGUCCAUCCUCGGAUUCUCCAGAAACUGCCGCUCAGCCCUGCGUUUGGAAGUAAACAGCAGGAACCUAAGCAGUGCACACGGGCAGGGGAGGAGCUGAGGCGCCCAGUGGAAAACCUAAGUCUACCCCAGGUGUCCCAGAGCCGGGCCGUUUCCAGAGCCCGCACGUCCCCUGACCUAUAGUUACAGCCAUGCAUGGGGGUCUGGGUCGUCUACACCACAGGAUAACGUGGUUUUGCAUGAGCCUAGGAGGCAGACGGGAAGCCGUGUGAGCCGUCAGCAGGAUGGCCCAGCGUCCAUGGGCACCAGAGUCCUUGGAAGGGGCUGCCUCCCAGUGCAUGGAGCGGAGCCGCCCUGGGGGCCAUGGAAGGUUCUAGAAAGGACGCCCAGCCCAGGAACCAUGAGCUCCCCCGACGGACGGCGCUGGGCAAGUGGCCAGAGACGCGGAGCUGCAGAAACAGGAACCUCGGGUCUCUGAUAAGCGGCGAAGGGCCGGCUCCGUGGGGACCCAGACGCCGCCAUUCUGCACGGCUUCCUGUCCCUGCAGAUAAAGGGCAGACGGCAGAUAACGGGUCCCCGGGAGGGUCUCGGUGCAGUCAGGCCCUGCACCAGGCUCGUCUGCUUCCCCACCUGCCCCGGGCCAGAGGGCGCCUCCCGGGGGAGUAGACACCUGCCUGCCACACGUUUACCCUCAAGUUAUUUCACCUACUGACACUGGAUGUUUGCCAUGGAAAUAGGAUACCCCACGACCCUGCCCGGGACCCAACGCAGACACGACUGCAAACAGCUAGAAGAUGCGAGAGACGCAGGAGGAACGCCUCCUUGGGGGGCGGGGGGUCACGGGUACGUGGGUGGAAGAGAAACGGGUCCCUUUAAGACGCGUGUAGAAGCGGGAUGUGAGUGCACGUCGGGGGGUGAAGCCAGGAGAGGGGACACGGACAGACUCCAGGAGCCUGCUCAGACCCGAGGCCUUUCACCGGACGGGCAGCUGUGGGACGGGCGCAUGGCGGCCCUCCUGGACCUCAUGAGCUUCCUGAUCGUCCUGACUUUGGCAUUCGGUGCCCAACCACAGCCGGCACAAGAGAACGUGUCUCCUAUUAUAAACAUGCAGCUGGACUCAAGGAGAAAACUGUUAACCUGGAAUUACCUAAGAAACGUGAGUGAGCACGAAUGCAUCAUUGACACGCCGCCUGACUAUUCCGUCAGGGUCGACCCCCAGGUGACCCCGGACCUCACGUACGAGUGCGCCUUCCCCAACGCCGUGCUGCACCGCGGCGCCACCGUGACCCUGAACGUCACCUGUGCCGGGGACGUCUUCCAACAGGUCCUGACCUUCGCCAACCCAGGCAGGGAAGGUUCCGGAGCCGCCAACUUCUCCUGCCUCGUUUACAACGUGCGCUUCAUGAACUGCAGCUGGGCGCCCGGCCCCGCCGCCCCGGCCGACGUGCAGUACCGCCUCUUCUCCUGGGCGUCCAGGCACGCAGCCGAGGUGGAAUGCGGCCACUACAUCGUCGAUGCCGCCGGGACACGUGUGGGCUGCCAUUUUGAUCAGCUUGGCAAACCCCACAGGACGGACAACUACUUCUUCCUGCUAAAUGGAACGAGCAGGGAAACACAGAUCCCGUUUCUGGAUUUCACUCCAUUUAAUGCCGUUAAAAUCGAGAAGUAUGACCCCCCCGCGGAGAUCAGAGUCGCCCACAAUGGGUCGCAUUUCAUCAUCCGGUGGGAAAACCCCGAGAUCCGAUUCGACCUUUCCAGCCACAUGCUGUGUUAUGAGCUGGACGUCCACACGGCGGUAAGCGGCUUGCCCCCGGGCGACCCCGCCGGAACCCGCCUGGCGCAGACGCCCCAGAGCCCGCAGGGCCUCCGGGAGCAGGAUUUCAGCGGCGCCCUGCCCGGGAUCCUGGUCGGGGUCACGGCUUCGUCCGCGCUCCUCCUCCUGUUCUUCUGCAAACGGUUCUCCGUGAGGCGGAGGCUGCUCCCUCCCAUCCCGCAGGUGAAGAAGGAAAUCGCCCAGGCCCUGGGGCCCGGCCUCGAGGUGAGUGACCCCUCCCUCUGCACCCAGGAGGUCGCCUGGGAAGCAGGACCCCCGCCCGGCUCCCCGGACCCCGAGGACGUGGUGACGCUGGAGGGAGCGUGGUGACCCGCACAUGGAGGGGCAGAUGUUGUGCGCCCCGCCCCGGAACCUUCUGGAAGCCUCACUUGUAUGCACCUUUCCCUUGGUCCUCUGAAGAGUCCCCGGCUGACCCUCAGCAGCGCGUCCCCAAACCCCGGAACACGGAUUGUUUUAUUUCCUUCGUCCUCACGUCCACACAGUGGGCUCCGGCGCGCCGCCCGCUGUCCACCUGUCUGUCCCGCGCUCUGAGGCGCCAGGCGGACACACGGGGACCCUCAAAGAAGCCGGCGGGGGCCCCCCUCCCGCGCCGCCCACCCCUGUGCACCUUGCGGGUCCUACUCGCUGAGAAGCGGAUUUGGAAACGGGGUAGGAAAGGCUCGUGGGGGGUAGGACCAGAUCAGAGGACGGGGUCCCUUUUGAGAGCACGUGGUCCUGGCAAAGCCCUGGGGGCAGCCCAGCCGUGAGCAGCGCGGUGGCCAGGGCGCAGGGAGCACGGGGAGCGCGCGCUUUCCCCAGAAGGUACACCUGUGCGUCUCGUGCGGGCAUGCGCGCGCGCUUGGAUCAUUUGGGCCAUUGGGCCAGUGGUUUGGGCCACAGACGGGUGCCUGG